UGGGACAAAAAGGCAAAUCAGAAACUAGAAAAAAUGCACCAACCGAAUACCUGAACCUGUCUUCCUCCACCUGCAACACGCGCCUUCUUCACCGCUCGCUUUCAUUCUAUCCUGGCCUGACUGUCAACUUUCACAGGCCAUGGUUGGAGCUUUCUACCACCUGGUAGGGUGUAUACUGCAAUUUUAUAAAUUUGGUUGAGACUCCUCAUCCACUACACGGACCGGUCAUUUUCCUCUUUGCACUCUACUGAUUUCUGGACCAUUGUUUGGAAGUAAACAUUCUACACUCUCAAUUUGGUCACUGAUGUGGCCUAUAUGCUUGCUAUUCAACAAGAUUCUUAGGACGGAAGACGUAAGAGAAUUCAAAGGAGAUAAUUUGAAUGUGAUAGAAUCAUACUUGUUUCAGCAAUCAUCAAGUAGCAUAGAUCCCCGCACUCCCUCCUUACGCCGUUCACUCUUCAUUGAAGUACCACACAUAAACCAACUAUAUACAUGGGAUUGUGGCCUUGCUUGUGUCUUGAUGGUUUUGAAAACUAUUGGUGCCAACAACUGUGAUAUCCAAACACUGGUUGAACUAUGCUGCUCAACUAGCAUUUGGACUGUUGAUUUGGCGUAUUUGUUACAGAGAUUUUCUGUUACUUUUUCCUACUUCACAGUGACAUUUGGUGCAAACCCAAACUAUUGUAUUGAAUCAUUUUACCAGGAGGAGUUUCCUAAUGAUCUAGUGAGAGUGGAUAUGCUAUUCCAGAAAGCAAUGGAGGCUGGGAUUGAUAUACAGUGCAGGUCAAUUAGUGCAAAAGAGAUUUCCAUUCUCAUAUUAUCUGGGAAAUAUAUUGCUAUUGCAUUAGUUGACCACAAUAAAUUGAGUUAUGUAUGGCAAGAUGAUGUUCAUGUCCCUGGUGUCUUCAGCAAUAACCUUGGCUACACUGGUCACUAUGUGUUGAUAUGUGGUUACGAUGCUGGAGCAGAUAUGUUUGAGAUUAGAGAUCCUGCGAGCUCUAAGAAACAAAAGAGGAUCUCUUCAAAGUCCUUAGAAGAAGCUCGUAAAGCCUUUGGUACUGAUGAAGAUCUUUUGUUGAUAUCAUUGGAGAAGAGCAACAACCAUCACCAACCUUCUCUGCAACCUUCCAUCGAUUUCAAAACUGAUUCUUGAUUUUCAUUCCCUGUUUUGCAAUGAUUUUACCUUGUUACAUUUUUCUUUUUUGCAUAUAGUAUACACCCCUUGUGUAUUUUAGUUGCUAUGAACAUAGCUUCUUGCGUAUAAAUGUUCCCAGAAAAAACCUUUUAAAAUGGUUUCUUCUGGGAUAUAUGCAUUUAUUUAAGGUAAAAUUCAUUUCUCAAAACUGUAUAUUAUAUUAUAGUUAUCAAUUCAUUCUAUUCUUAUGUAAGCCAUUUAUUCUUUCUGAAACCACAAGACAGACAACUAUGAUGCUGUACUGGUUUGGGGCUCAAUUGUAAAGGUGAUAUUAUUUAGCCUGAAAUUACAGAAUAAAGUUUCUUAAAUCCUGAUUACAUGUCUUAUUCUCCA